AUCCAUUGCCUGCGGGUUCUUGUCAAUCAAACGUCAUUCGGAAACGGAACGAUUAUGACGUAAACACAAAAGUGUGCGAAAUAUUUCUGUUUAAAUUCCUAAUGCUCUUUAAUGGAUAUUAAAAUUGCAUAAACAAAACCUGUGAAUCCAGUUCGUUACUAUUGAUCAGUACAAUCAUUAGGUUAGAACGCUGUGUCAUUAAAAAAAAAAUUGAAAGUGGGUAAAUAUGUCGCGCCAAGUAGAUACAAAUGUUGCUCGAUUACUGGAAGGUUUAGGAUUGGAAGGCGAAGACUUCUGUGACUUUACCAUUGCUGAUCAAAAUUCUGUUGCGGAAUCUCAAGGCAUUACACCGACUACGCCGUCUAACUAUAAAGCGGUACUCGGAGAAAAUGUAACAUACGUUGUGGCCUGCGUUAUAAUCAACGAACGAAAUGAAAUAUUAAUGAUGCAGGAAGCGAAGGAAAGUUGUGCCGGCAAGUGGUACUUGCCCGCAGGACGCAUGGAGAAAGGAGAGACUAUAGUGCAGGCCACUAUGAGAGAAGUGCUUGAAGAAACAGGAUUGCAUUGCAACCCCACAACGCUACUGGUCGUGGAGACCGCCGGCGGCAUGUGGUACAGGUUCGUGCUCACCGCUGAUGUCACAGGGGGCGAACUCAAGACUCCUGCCAAAGCUGAUAAGGAAUCAUUACAAGCAAAGUGGAUUUCAAACUUACAAGAGAUAACUUUGAGGUCCAAUGAUAUCUUGCACCUAAUUGAAAAGACUCAAUUGUACAAACAAAGUCAUCCUGGUAAGGGAUGGCACAAAGAACUUUUACCUGCUGCCAUUCCACAUGUCAAAGAUCUGCUAAGGCUGAUUGUAGUUAUUAAAAGGAGAAGUACAAACAGGCUCCAUGUGUUGUUGAGUGAAAAAACUGCCAUACAUUUUCCGGUUUGUGAAAUAAACCCAGCCAAGAGUGUGCACUCAACAUUGAGGAGGUUUAUGGUGGAAAUGUUUGGAGCUGAUGUCGGGCAACACCGGCCUCUGGGCCUGCUCAAUGUGGAGGCUGAUCCUUCAAGUGAUGGCUGUUGUCUGACCCUGUUGGUAGCAUUUAGGCCUCCUUUAGAAGAGGUGCCUCUAAUUGGUAAAUGUGUAUGGCAUGAGGUGUCACAGGAAUCAGAACAUCAAUUGCUCUCUAAAAUAACAACAAAAAAUUCUACUGUAGAACUGCAUGUUGUUCGUUGAUCCAUGACCAUUAUUAGCAUAAUGUAUAUGAUUAUGUAUAUCAAGAAUACUCAACUUACUGUCUUGGGUUGUAUAGAUCUAUGUUAACCAACUCUACUAUAAGAAAACAACAAAAAUACUAGUGUCUUUUUGCGAAACCGAAGGUUUGGCUUUGGCUCUAGUUUCGGCCGAAACUGAAGCUUUUGUAGACAUGUUAAAAUCGUUGAAAAUUGUCAUAAAACUGCUUUUAUACACUUAUUAAGACUGCAACCGUACAGUGGCACCCUCAUUAGGAGAAUUGUGUUUUCAAAUAAACCAAUUAAAUUCUGUAUAUAUAAAUCAUUAAAUUAAUAUUGUUGUCCUACUUGUUUUCCAACUUUUGGUCUUUGUCACAUAGUUGAGUUUCAUAGUAAGAAGUACAAGUACAUAGAUUUUGUAAGUUUCGGCCCUGCCGAAAGGUUCAGCUCUUUUUUUUGGCCGAAACCGAAUCUUCAGUUGGUCACUAAAAAAACUAACAUACUUACUAAUUUGUUAUGAACAAAAUACACAACAUAUUUUUAAUAGCAGAGGGAACGUAAGAUAUUUACAAAUUUUAAAAUACAAAGCAUUGAUUAUGUUACACCAACCACCACUUACAUUUUUAUAGGUUCUAUACUGACACAUUCCAUUUUGUAUUGACUUUUAUCUUUUUAUGAUAUGAUUUGUAUAAAUUUAUCUAAAAAGUAGAUAUUUAUAUAAAGUUUAUGCCAAUGUUGCCUUGGCCUUAUAUAAAUGUCACAUAACAUUCUUGACACAACAUUAUGAUUAGUUUUAUUUUAGAUCACAAGACAUAAUAAUUUGUAAUCUCAGACUGUUAUUGCAGUACCUGAAAAUUAUAUAGAAUACCUAUUGUAUAUCAAAUCAAGAGCAUCACAUGAUAUUUGCUUUAAACUGUAACCAAGUAUUUUUAUUUUUAGUGUAAGUUUUUUAUGUGCUGGGUACUUGUUAAUUUUAUUAUAAAUAUAUCUAUAUUUUUACACUACAUAAUAAAAUGUUAAAACAA